GAACCGGCAUCACAUCGCGAGGUUCCUGGAGUCAUUUGAGCAGGUCGACCUCAGUGGCGACAACCGCCAGCACGAGCUCUGGCUGGUCUUCGAGAACGAAGGCUUUUCGCUGACCCACUUCCUUUUCAAGACCCAGCCGGGGUCGCAGGUGGUGGAGAGGUCCACCUUCUGGUGGCUGGUGAAGCAGGGCCUACCCUGGGGUGGGAAGAUCAUCAAGAACUUCGCCUACCAGCUCCUCCAAGGCCUCGCCGUGGCGCACCAUGCCAACAUCACCCAUCGCGACGUGAAGGGCUCGAAUGUCUUCGUCACCGACACCUGGCCGCCGGUGGUGCGCCUAGGAGACUGGGGGAGCGCGCUGAAGACUCCGCCCACCGAGGAGGUUCGGAAACUCUAUGGUCAAGAAGGGCCAACCGAGGAUGAUGAGACCAGCGAGUACAAGCCUCCUGAAGCUGGCCUCUUCGACGCAGAGCUCCUGAAGCGACUGGGCCUCCGAAGCUCCCGGGCCUGGCGGAGCCGGGCCUAUGACCUCUGGAGCCUUGGCAUCCUUCUGCUGGAGCUGGUCUUGGGCACGCGGGACGUCUAUCAUGUGGACGACCGGCGAUGGUGGAAGGAAGAUUUUCAGCUGCAGAAGCAGGGGGUUCCCAACCAACGACGAGAGCAAGGGCGACCUUUGCGAGCCUUGCUCGACCUCUGCUUGGGCCCACAGGGGGCCCCGGCUGGAGCACCGCUCGAGUGGUUCUUUGACACCCGGCCAUCGCAAGCACCGACAGAAGUGGCGAGUGCUCGGACGUCGAGUUUGCAGAACGUUUGCGGCGUCAGGACGCAGCUGGGGUGGGCUUGCCAUCGUCUGCCGGCAGGGAUCUCCUCAGGCGGCUGCUGCGCUGGUCACCCAAUGAACGCCUCUCGGCCAAGGAGGCUCUGA